AUGGAGGAUGAUGCGGAAGCGAGGCGUAAGGUUGAAAAAUACAUGAGACUAUUAAGCCGAGAUGAGAAGGUAGAUUAUGCACUUAAGCGAUUAUCGAACAUGCACAUAACGUUGGAAUUGUUGUCUGAAACUGGGGUGGGGAAAGCGGUAAAUCAGUUGCGAGACCAUCCGGAAUACGGGAAGGAAGCUCGGGAAAUUGUUGAACGUUGGAAGGAUCUGGCACGGAGUCAUGGGUUGUCUCAACGAAAUGAGAAGAAGCCUUCUGAGAAUCCGAAACGUGAAUCUAGUCCUGCAAAGAAAGAUAAGAAAGUAAAGAAGCGUAAAAAUAAAGAUGCUGAAAUCGCAGAUACAAGAAAGAAUGAGGCGUCAACGAGUGAUGUUGGUUCAUCAAAAUCAGGUAUUAGUUUUGCUGAUAUGCUUGCAAGUGCUGAUAAUGUAAAACCUCCAAAAAGCAAAAAAUUGAAAAUUGACUGGAAAUCGUCACCUAUUGAUGUAAAUUAUACGCCAUCGAGACGGCUGAACUUGGAGCCAACUUUCACAGCUAAACAACCAGUUGCAACAAGAGGCUCUAAUUUGGAUGCGGCUAUGUUUCGACCGCGGAAAGAUGCAAGAAAAAUUUUUGCUGGUCGACCGAAAGGCGAUCAUUGUCGGGAAGUGCCUAGUCUAAUUGAUAUCUGCGUACGAGUUCUAAUAACACACAUUGAUGCGAUUGAAGAGACUGGAGAUAUUCCGUUCGAUCUUCUAAAACCGGUAUUAGAGAAAUGCACUCCAGAACAAUUAAGAAACAUUGAACGGAUAAAUCCGUAUUUAAUGGAGGAGUCUGAUGAGCUAUGGGAAAAAAUUGUUAAUCGUAGUUUUCCGAGCGGCGUAAAGAAAGAAGAAGAGUUAUGGCGAGAUUGCUACCAACGCCUCUGUGAGGAGAAAGAGUGGAAAUUACGAUCAAUUUCUUCACGUAUUACUCAGCAUAAUAAGGAGUCUGCGGUGCCAGUAAAGAAAGCAAUACUCGCUGAGGCUAAAGCUCCUCGCGAAGUUCGGCGCCGGCAGAUCCGUCAUGGCACGGGGCACAUGCAUAAAGAUCUUCCAUCGGCUAGUGAACUUAGAAACAAAGACGCACUACAAAAUCUGCCACAAGCUGUCCGCAAUACUACAUCUAUGCUUGGAGCUCAUUCAGAUAAAAAGAAGGUAGCUCCGAAAAAGGGUGCUCUGAUGGUGAAAACUUUAAAAAUGUUGAAGUGCAAGAAUCGGAAAUGA